AAUAAUCUUAUAGUACAAAGAGUAAAGAGUAAUGGAUGGCAAAACAACAUUUGUUUAAGUGUCGAUCGAAAACCUCUCUUGCCCUGAACAACAACGUUAUUCAUUGUUACUGCGCAUCCCUCAGUUUCUCUUCUACUUCCGACGAAGAAAACCCAGUUCAAGUCUUCAAUCUCACUCUGUCAAAAUUGGGAGGGAAGGGAAUUCCAGACACGCAUUCUUCGUAGCUGCUCCCAAUUUUCGGGGAGGGUACCUGUGCUGAGGAAAAGAUGAGUUCGUUCUCCAUCACACGGAAAAAGACGCCGUUCCAGAAGCAUAGAGAAGAGGAGGAGGCAAAGAAGAAGAGAGCAGAAGAUGAGACCGCUCGCUUGUAUGCUGAAUUUGUAGAGUCAUUUCAAGGGGAUAUCACGCCUGGGUCAAAGACUUUUGUCCGAGGAGGAACAAUCAAUCCCAACGAAAAAUUGAAAGAUGAUUCUGAGGGUGAAAAGUCCAAAGAUGGGGUGUCUAUUCCAAAGAAGGGAAGUAGGUAUGUUCCAUCUUUUAUACCACCUCCACUGGCAACCAAGGGGAAGGAAUCUGAAAGGAAAAAAGAAGAGGAAAAACCCAAGGAGAAAGAGAAAGGAAAGCCAAGGAACAUUGAUUUUUUUAUGGAGGAGCUAAAGCAUGAGCAAGAGAUGAGGGAGAAACGAAAUCAAGAACGUGAAAAUUGGCGUGAUGGGCGUCCGGUAGAACAUUCUACUACUGUUAGUCGUUUUGAUGAACUGCCUGAUGAUUUUGAUCCAAGUGGAAAACUUCCAGGAUCAUUUGAUGAUGGUGAUCCACAAACUACAAAUCUUUAUGUUGGAAAUCUCUCGCCCAAGGUGGAUGAAAAUUUCCUUCUCCGUACUUUUGGAAGAUUUGGACCUAUUGCUAGUGUGAAAAUCAUGUGGCCUAGGACUGAGGAGGAGCGAAGGCGGCAAAGAAACUGUGGUUUUGUGGCUUUCAUGAACCGAGCUGAUGGACAGGCUGCUAAAGAUGAAAUGCAAGGAGUUGUGGUUUAUGAAUAUGAAUUAAAAAUUGGGUGGGGAAAGUCUGUUGCGCUCCCGUCACAAGCAUUACCUGCACCUCCACCGGGGCAUAUGGCCAUCAGGAGUAAGGAGGGUAGUACUGUGAUCUUGUCUGGCCCAUCAGGUCCACCAGUAACGUCUGUGCCUAGUCAGAACUCUGAACUGGUUCUUACUCCUAAUGUUCCUGAUAUAAUGGUUACACCUCCUGAGGAUGACCAUCUAAGGCAUUUAAUUGAUACUAUGGCUUUGUAUGUCCUGGAUGGAGGAUGUGCUUUUGAACAAGCAAUUAUGGAGAGGGGUCGUGGCAAUCCUCUUUUUAAUUUCUUAUUUGUUCUUGGCUCGAAGGAACAUACCUACUAUGUUUGGAGACUCUACUCAUUUGCUCAGGGUGACACUCUUCAAAGAUGGCGGACUGAACCUUUUAUCAUGAUAACGGGUAGUGGAAGGUGGAUUCCUCCCCAAUUACCACCAUCGAGAAGUCCAGAUCAUGAAAAGGAGUCUGGUUCCACACACGCUGGAGGAAGAAGCAGGCGUGUAGAGCCUGAAAGAACAUUGACUGAUGCACAACGGGAUGAGUUUGAAGAUAGGCUGCGUGCUUUAACAUUAGAGAGGAGCCAAAUAAAAGAGGCUAUGGGGUUUGCUUUGGAUAAUGCUGACGCAGCUGGGGAGAUAGUUGAAGUUUUGACGGAAUCCUUGACUCUUCGAGAAACUCCUAUUCCAACGAAAAUUGCAAGGCUUAUGCUUGUCUCUGAUAUUCUUCAUAAUAGUAGUGCCCCUGUAAGAAAUGCAUCGGCAUAUCGGACAAAGUUUGAAGCAGCACUGCCUGACAUAAUGGAGAGUUUCAAUGACUUGUAUCGUAGUAUAAUGGGACGUAUUACUGCAGAAGCCCUAAAGGAACGAGUCCUGAAAGUUCUGCAAGUGUGGGCCGACUGGUUUCUCUUUUCAGAUGCUUAUGUUAAUGGCUUAAGAGCCACUUUCCUCCGACCUGGGAACUCUGGUGUGGUGCCAUUCCAUUCCAUAUGCGGUGAUGCACCUGAGAUUGAGCAGAAGAUCACUUCUGAAGAUACAGUUGUUGGUGGCAAGAUCAACCAAGAUGCUGCAUUGGCAAUGGGUCGAGGAGCUGCAACGCAGGAGCUAAUGAAUCUUCCUCUUGCUGAGCUAGAAAGGCGGUGCCGACACAAUGGAUUAUCACUAGUUGGUGGUAGAGAAAUCAUGGUCGCAAGGUUGUUAAGUCUUGAAGAGGCAGAAAAACAGAGGGUUUAUGAACUGGAUGAUGAAUUGAAAUAUCCCCACGGCCAAGCUAGUUCUGCGAAAUAUUCAAGUGGUCGGCGAGAAACAAGUGCAGAGCUUGAACCAGUGGGAUAUUCUGGAUGGAACCAUUAUGGGGAUGAUGAUUUGCAAUCACAAGGCAAAGAGUCUGUACCUUUAGCGCCAACUCUUCCUAUUCCACAGCCUGAACUUAAAGCCUUCACAAAAAAGGAGAAGAAUGACCCGGUUUUACCUGCCUCUAAAUGGGCUCGGGAGGAUGAUGAGAGUGAUGAUGAGCAAAGAAGUGGAAAAAAUCUCGGAUUAAGCUACUCAUCUUCUGGCAGUGAGAAUGUGGGUGGUGGUCAUAUUAAAGCUGAUGAAUCAGAGUCUGCUGCUGAUACAAGUUUUUCAGCUCAUGCUGACAGUGGACUGAAUGAAGAACAGAGACAAAAGUUGAGACGCUUGGAGGUUGCUUUGAUUGAAUAUCGUGAGUCUCUUGAAGAAAGGGGAAUCAAAAACUUGGAGGAAAUUGAGAAGAAAGUUCAGACGCACCGGAAACGGCUGCAAGCGGAGUAUGGGUUAUCAGAUUCUGGUGAAGAUGGACAAGGCAAUAGAAGAUCAUCUUCAGAGAGGAGGGAUAGACAUGAUUUCUCGAGGAAACGGCACCGUAGCCCCAGUCCAAGGGGUAGUCCACAACACAGAUUAUCUAGCAAAGACAGAGAUAGAGAACAUGAUUUAGAAAGGGAUCGAGACCGACAAAGAGAUAGAAGUCACGAUUUUGAUAGUGAUAGAGGAAGGGACCGGCACCGGGAAAAGAGUGGAAGCAGGGACAGGGAUGAUCAUGAUAAGGAUAGAAGCAGGGACCGGAGACGACGGGCGAAAUAAGAACAUUUCUUGUGCUCUCCAGCAGAGAUCUGCAGAUUUGUUUGUAAGCGUCUGGACAGUUGGCUUGUUUUCAUCAAAGGGGGUCCUGGCGAUGUGAAACCUGGUGAAGAUUUGAAACAUCUGCCAGGAAAUUGUUACUAUAGACAAUCUUUGAAAUGUUGAGUAGAAUCUGGCUCUCGAUACCCCUAACAUUAUAACUUGAUGUAAUUUUAUGAUUUUGAAUUUCGUUGAUUUUGUCAGCGAACUAGUGCAUGCUGUUUAAUGAAGAUGGUUGUGCACAUGACACUAUUUGUUGGGUUAGUCAAACUGCUGUCUUCUUCAUCCAAUGAGUAGUGUUUUCUUUUGUGCCCUACCAUACCAGAAUGCGUCAUUUCUUAAACAGCUUCUACUACUAGGCUGCACAUUUCUCUUCCAUGAUCACUCUAUUGAUUUGAAUAUUAUCAUUUAAUGGAAGUGGAUGAUUGAAGAAGCUCAAGGUCUGUUUCUUACAA